AUGGAAAUUCCUAGGUUCCGGUUCACACCCUCACAGGAGUUGGUCCUCAGGGCCACACCCCAGGCAGUUAAAGUGGCCGCUGACGGCCCCCCUGCCUCGGGUGCUCAGGGCCCUCCUGUGAGGGCUAAGAAGUGGGAGGAAGUGGAGGCAGAGGCUCGAGCCCGCGUCGUCUCCGAGGGAGGUGACCCCGGUGCAGAGAUGGUCGUCCUGAGCCAGUGCACGGUUCAGUUCGGCAAGUACCGGGGCCAGACCUUCAAGUGGAUGAUGGAGAACGACGUGGGCUACAUGGUGCACCUGGGUUUCUCUCUCACUUCCUCUCUCUUUAUCUCUCCUCCCUUUUUGUUUCUCUCCCCCCUUCUUUUUCUCUUUCUCUCUCGCGCCCUUCUGAUUUUCUUUCUCUCCUUUUUCCCUCUCUCCUCUUUUACUCUCUCUCUCCUCUUUUACUCUCUCACUCUCUCUCUCUCUCUUUUACUCUCUCACUCUCCUCUUUUACUCUCUCACUCUCUCUCUCCUCUUACUCUCUCCUCUUUUACUCUCUCCUCUUUUACUCUCUCGCUCUCCUUACUCUCUCGCUCUCCUUUCUCUCUCCCUCUCCUCUUUUACUCUCUCCUUUUUCCCUCGUUUUCUCCUUUUACUCUCUCGCUCUCCUCUUUUACACUCUCGCUCUCCUCUUUUACUCUCUUUCCUUUUUCCCUCGUUUUCUCCUUUUACUCUCUCCUUUUCCCCUCGUUUUCUCCUUUUACUCCCUCUCUCUCCUCUUUUACUCUCUCCUUUUUCCCUCGUUUUCUCCUUUUACUCUCUCGCUCUCCUCUUUUACACUCUCGCUCUCCUCUUUUACUCUCUCUCCUUUUUCCCUCGUUUUCUCCUUUCUUUCUCUCCUCUUUUACUCUCUCGCUCUCCUCUUACUCUCUCACUCUCCUCUUACUCUCUCGCUCUCCUCUUUUACGCUCUCCUUUUUUACUCUCUCCUCUUUUACUCCUUUCUUUCUCUCUCUUUUACUCUCUCUCUCCUCUUUUACUCUCUUUCCUUUUUCCCUCGUUUUACUCUCUCCUCUUUUUCUCUCUCUCUCUCCUCUUUUUCUCUCACUCUCUCUCUCCUCUUUUUCUCACUCUCUCUCUCCUUUUUACUCUCUCUCUCUCUCGCUUUCCUUUUUCCCUUGUUUUCUCCUUUCUUUCUCUCUCCCUCUCUCUCUCCUCUUUUACUCUCACCUCUUUUACUCUCUCCCUCUCUCUCUCCUCUUUUACUCUCUCCCUCUCUCUCUCCUCUUUUACUCUCGCUCUCCUCUUUUACUCUCUACCCUAUUUUUCUUUCUGUCUCUAUUCUCUCUGCCUUUUUUUCCUCUCUCCCCAGUCUGUUUUCUUUCGCUCUCUUUUUCUCUUUCUAUGGACGCAAUAGCACUAUGUGGCCACCAGAUGGAGGAAUUGGAACAAAAUUAACAUGAAGUCACUGCCAUUAUAGGACAAUUUCCAAUGGGAUUUAAAAAACAUUUUUUUUAAUUUAUGGGUAAUAGGAGGAUGCCCCCCCAAAAACAUUAUAUAUAGGGGUAAAAGGGGUCAAAAUAAGGAACGCUUCACGAAUUUGCGUGUCAUCCUUGCGCAGGGGCCAUGCUAAUCUUCUCUGUAUCGUUCCAAUUUUAGUAUAUGUGCUGCCGAAGCGAGCACAAUACAGACAUAGGAGAGGCGCUCAUAUAUAGAGCCCAACCCCCCUGAUGUUUCGGGUCCUGGUUUGGGUCAAACAGACCUUCAGAGGCUCAACAACCACCCUGAGAAGAUUCCCACGGGAUAUUGUAUAGACAUGAACCUGGUAGGGGUAAUAAUGGCCACCUUGUGUGUUGUAAUGUUCUAGCCUCUGCCUCAGAGAGUUGCAAUGUAUGCUGGGUGAUAUGCAAGUACACUGUCCCGUCUAGGACGUUGAUAGGGUAGAACAUAACGACGUAACAAAAGCCCUCCCACAAAACUCCACCCACUCACUGAAACCCGACACGCUCUGGGACUGCAUUCACAAAAGGUUCCUCACACACAGACGUAGCAGGAAAUGUGAAGCCUACGAGAGAGAAACCCUAACAUGAGAAAAGAGGAAAGAAAGAAAGGAUAGAGGGAAGAAGAGAGAGAGAGUAAGUAAAAGGAGAGAGGGAAAAAGGAGAGAAAGAAAAUCAGAAGGGCGCGAGAGAGAGAAAGAGAAAAAGAAGGGAGAGAAACAAAAAGAAAGGAGACAGAAAGAGUCAAAAAGGAGAGAUAAAGAGAGAGGAAGUGAGAGAAAAAAAGGAGAGAGAGCGAGAAAAAGGAGAAAGAAACCCUAACAUGGGGAUUUUAAAACCGUCUACCUUAUGUGAAAAGGUCCUAUUUGGAUCUCCAGUGUGAUCUUCACAGCUCCCUCAUCACAGUAGCUCUGUACCAUCCUAUCCACUGUGACCAGCCUAUCAGCAUCCUCCAG